UACGGAGCAGCUGCGGUUUAUUUACCUAGUCAAAAAUGGAUGCAUCCGUGGAUGAUUUGUUGUCGUUCAAAGAAUUUCCGCUAAUGAACGAAGCCAGCGGAAGCCAAAGUGCACAAAUAAACAUUAACUCACCGCAGCGAUCGCACCCCAACCUUGACGACCUGGAUGAUGGGGAUGGAACACCGAAAGCAGGAACAACCAGCGCAGCGAAGGGAGGUUCGAUUUUUAGCUUCGAGUACUACCAACGUUUUUUCGACGUCGAUACGAUGAUUGUGGUGGAUCGCAUUGCCACAUCGAUGAUUCCCAAGCGCGCACCCGUCAACUACCUGAAGCUCAACAUUGCCACGAAUCCGGAUUUGUAUGGACCGGUCUGGAUCGUGCUAACCUUGAUUUUCACAAUUGCGAUUUCGGGCAAUAUGGCAAGUUAUUUACAAAAUACCGGUAACCAUCACUGGCGGUACAAUUUCCAUCUCGUGUCGUACUCAGCCACUGCCAUCAUAACAUACGCCCUUCUGGUACCCUCUGCACUUUGGGCAUUCCUUAAGUGGAGCACACGUACGACCGAGAUGGCAAUAAUCGAUGACGAGGAGGAGGAGGAGCAGCAGCAGCAACAAUCGGUCGGCACACCAAGCCUGCUUUCGCUGGUUUGCGUUUAUGGUUACUCGCUAGCAAUCUACAUUCCAGUGUCCGUUCUCUGGACCAUACAGGUAUCAGUGUUCCAGUGGUUACUGGUCAUUACGGGCACAUUUCUUUCCGGUUUUGCCCUGCUAACGAUUCUGAUGCCGGCGAUAAAAAAGUCCAGAUACUCGAUCCUUGUCGUGCUCGCUGUUGAGCUGGCACACUUUGCGCUGGCAGCAGGUUUCAUGCUUUUCUUUUUCCACGCACCGGAUGUAGAUGCUCCGGUGGAAAUACCACCGCACAAAGCCGUCACCAGCGUGGUAGUUAAUGCGACGAUGCAAAGUAAAAAUGCAUAA